AUGGCUGUUAUAGACUCUACUGACUAUGUUGAAGCUCAAGAAGGUUCCAAAUCAUUGAAAUUUCCUAUUGAAAAACAACAAGCUAAUUUUGAAUUAGGUGUUUCAAUGAUUAUAUAUUCAUGGGAAGCUUUAGAUAUUGCAGUGGCUAAUCAAUGGGGUGGUGCUCAAUCAGAAGCUAAGAGAGAUUGGAUCACUGCUAUUGUCCUAGAUUUAUUUGAUGAAAAAAUCGUAGAUGUGGAAUUGAUUGAAGAAACUAUUUUAAAUGCAAUGAUUGAUGAAUUUGAUGUUAAUGUUGAAGAUGAUUCUUCUUUAAUUAUUGCUGAUAGAAUUAUUAAAAUUUAUAGAAAAUGUUUUGAUCAAGAUUAUAAAGAAGUUCAUGAAUUAUAUUCAAAAUGGGAAAUUAAACAAAAGGAAAGAUCUGCAAGAAAUUUAAAUAUAACUAUAAAUGAAGAUCCAUUAAAUCCAGAUUCUUCAGAUGAUGAUGAUGAUGAUGAUGAAGAUGAUGAAGAACCAUCAAAAAUAACAGGUGAACCAAUAGAUGAAGAUGUUGAAAUGGGUGGUGUUGAUGAACCUCAAGGUCCUAUAGUUGAUGAUGAUGGAUUUGAAUUGGUUCAAAAAAAGGGUAAAAAGAGAAAUUGA